AUGAUUGACUUUGGUGUGACGGAACCUCAGUUCGAGCCGACAACGGCGACGCAUCGGGCAUACGAACGAACGGCCGCCGCUUUGCCAUUCCGAUCAGUGAUUGGGAUCCGCUUAAUAAAAUUGGUGAACUGCCGCCGUGACAGGCCCGACGUUGACGGAUUUAUGGCGCACGCUGCACCGGCCCGUCUAGAAUUCAAUCCUGCCGACGGCCACGGAGCGAGAGCCGAUGGAACCGACAAAACGUACGCGUUUACGUUCAGCUGGAACGGUUUUAAUACGACGGCGAUACAAAAAACCGACAAAACGAUU